AUUAUUAUUACUAUUUGUUCUUGUUAUGCUAUGCAUACAAUAUUUUUCUAGAAACACAAGGGUUAGCUGUUUAUACACUGUCUGCAAUGUGCAUCUAGGCAUCUAGCCUUCUAGUAUACUGAAGGUAUGCAACUGGGGACCAACUAGAAGCCACCACCGUCCAUUUACCAGGAUCAGAUGAUGAUACAUGUAGGCAUGUGGCUACAGACCUCAUUUUAGAUUCUCACAGCUGUGUGUGAACACAUUCCAUUGUGUAGUCAGGUCUAUCACACAAAUGAACGAACACAAUUUUUCCUCUUUUGAUUUGGGACCAUCCUACUCCUGCCUUGGUUUCUCACGGUUCAAAAAGAACGUCGAUGGUUUCAAGAGUGCCUUGUCAAAUGAAGAAACAUGGGACAAGCUAGAAGCCACCAAAUUGGUUGUUCAGGAAAAUGAACGGUGAGCACUACUCCUGCCUAGAUGUGCUUAACUUUUUACACCCCUUCUUUUUAUCCUUUAAAUAUUAUUAUUCUUGGAUUGCUCUUUUGUCAAAUCACCAACUUGUAGUGUCUUCAUGACCCCUAAACAAAAACAUAAAACAAUAUGAGUUUUUGUUCAUUUUAUCUCUAGUACCUUGCCAAUGAAUUCACCAUUAGUAAUAUCUUUUCUCCUCUGAAAAGGAGCUCAACCUGAUACCUAUCAAGCUUAAUAUCCUUCAUUUGGCAUUCAGGCAGAGGUAAAGCCUAAUAUGACAUUUAUGUUAGAAGAAGCACAUGAUUGAGCGCAUUAACACUCUACUAUAAUAAACUUUUGGUCUAUGGGCCAUAUGGUACCUGCAGGAUCUAUCCAUGCAGUUAACCAUGGCACAAAACUGGUACAACCAUGGGAUCUUUUUUCUCCCUUCCCUUUUUUUCCUAGAGAAAAACAGAGUCUGGAGAUCUUUUCAGAUGGUACACAUGCAAAUAGGUAUAAAUGUCCAAAUUCUAGCAAGAUUCAAACAAGUUGCAGGGCUUUCUUGCCAAAACCCAAGGUAGCAUCACAAGCAGAUAAUAAUAACAAUACAUAUUAGGUAAACAAGUUGCACAAGUGGGCCUUUGUAUAUUCCCAGCCAGCCAUUCAAGAGAGAAGGGUUUCUUUCCCAGCCAAUCAAGUAUGACAGUGUAGCUCGCCUAUCAGAGCACUUUGGACUGCACAUUUACUUUAUUUAUUGCACCACUUGAUUAUUUAUUUAUUCUCCUGAUGUUAAUCGUAAUAUCUUUGUACUUUUUAUUUUAGCAUAGAGCCAUCGACACAAGUGACGCCAAAAGUAUAAACUAAAGCUGUUGUCUUUUGUUAAGAUCAGAAGUUCAGAACCAGCAGUCAACCCAUUGGUCUGCAGAAAGCUUAACAUGUCUUAGGUCCAAUAUGUAGUGUACAUAUAAACGUUUUGAAGUUGGCGGAAAUAAUGAGAAGCUUCUUGACUUGCAACUCUGUCAACAUCUUAGCUAAGCUUUCUCCCUUUCUGUUCCUGCCCAUUUGCUCAGCUAUAUAUUCUGAAACAUUUGCAAGGUCUGUGAUUACUUGCUCAUGCAUGUAAGCUUCUGCAUGCCACUAUUAGACAGCGAGACAGUCUCUUCCCUGUCAUAGUUGGCUACCACGACAUGGGAGAGAACCGGAAGUUUGGACAAAUCAUCCUGCCAAGGAUGGUGACAAGUAAGAUACUGCACCACCAGGAGCUGUGUGCCCAUCGAUCCAUGUCUGAGGUUUCAGGCAUAGUGAAUGAAACAUUAGGAAAGAGGCCAUUGGGUGGGCAGGAUACUCUGAAAUACAGGGUGUUUGCUAGUACAUGGAAUGUUGGUGGCAUAAUACCAUCAGAUGAUCUAAACUUAGAAGAUUGGUUGGAUACAAGGGCUAACUCCUACGAUAUAUAUGUCCUAGGGUUCCAAGAAAUAGUGCCACUCAAUGCAAUAAAUGUCCUUGGUCCUAGCAAGAGAUGCAUAUCUACAAAGUGGAACUCACUAAUUGGGAAGGCACUGAACAAAAAUAAGACGCAAGAUGGGGAACAGUUGCAUCAUACAACUACAAAUAACAGUGCAAUAGAGAGUUUCACACAACAGGGAUGCUUUAGAUGCAUCAGGAGCAAGCAGAUGGUGGGCAUAUUUGCCUCAGUCUGGGUGAGAAGCAAUCUUAGGCCAUACAUUCGCCAUUUGAAUGUGUCAUGUGUUGGAUCGGGUAUCAUGGGCUACCUAGGGAACAAGGGUUCAGUGUCAGUUCGAUUCUUGUUGCACGAGAUGAGCUUUUGCAUUGUUUGUUGUCACCUGGCUUCAGGUGGCAAACAAGGGGAUGUACUGCUGAGGAAUUUUGAUGCAGCGGACAUACUUGCAAGGACGAAAUUCCAUGGCGAUGGAAAUAAAAAUCUGCCAAAGAAGAUCCUUGAUCACGAUCAGGUACUUUUGCUUGGUGACUUGAAUUAUAGGAUAUCACUGGAAGAGACCGAGACAAGGUUGCUGGUGAAAGCUAAGAACUGGUCCACCUUGUUAGAGAACGAUCAGCUAGUGUCUGAGUUCUCGACUGGUCGACUUUUCGAAGGCUUUCAAGAAGGGUCAGUCACCUUCUCUCCCACCUACAAGUACCAGCCAAACUCUGAUCAGUACUACUGGUGCUUUGAGGCGGCGCGGGGCGAGAAGAAACGUGCUCCCGCAUGGUGCGAUCGCAUUCUUUGGCGUGGUAAGGACUUGAAACAAAUCCAAUACGAGACUUGCGACUACAAGUUAUCGGACCACCGGCCCGUGAGAGCGGGUUUCUUUGUGGAAUGCAAGAUCAAGGGAGAUGUGGGCUCUGUUGGUGGCUUCAUGCCGAGUAUGCCAGAUGCCUGACAAUUCUAGAUGGAAAUUUUGCACCGUUUAGCCCAAGUCACAGACCUUGAAUGUAAAAUAUUAAACAAUCACAGCCAUAGCAAGCAAGAAUAUAGGAUGAAUUUUAUGAGAUCUCCAAUGUUCAAUGUCGACUGGAGCAGGUCUUAAGUUAUUAUUAGGUAUAUAAAUGUUUGUUUUAUGAUCUACUUCUGUGUCAGCUUAGUUCUUCCAUAAGUUGCCAUUUUAUUGAAUGAA